AUGUCGGAGACUCCGCGCCCGACGCUGAAGCUCAAGUUCUCCGCGAAGUCGGCGACCCCAGCAACUCCCCCGGCCCAGUCAACCGUUUCGCCAACCCCAGCGUCAGCUUCAGCUUCUGUUGAACCAUCCCAACAAAAGCUCAAGAUCAAGUUUGGCCGCAAGCCUCAGGCUGAAUCCCCGGCAGACAAGGAGAAACCGAAGAAGAAGAAGGCAUCAACGAAGAAACGAUCCGCCGAGAAUGUCGCGCAGCCAGAACCCGCAGCGGAGGGCCCGAAGCGACUCAAGCUGAACCCAUCGAAGAAACCAGGACUCCAGUCGAUCCGCAUCAAGAACAAACUCACAGUUCCCACCCGACCGGUAGGCGUGGGAUACGACUCAGAAGCUUCAGACACGGAAGCGGAUCCUGCUAUCGAGGAGCAAUUUAUUCUACGAAUGAUGCCCGGCGAUGACUGCGAAUACCUACGACAGGCCAUCAACGAGAGAAGAUUUGACAAGUCGGAAUUCUGCUUCAAGGCCUUGACUCGCGACGGACGACGAGCGAUCUUCAAGAUUCGCCAGCAGCAAUAUGCCGCGGCCAUGGUCGACCUCCCUUGCAUUAUCGAAGGCAUGAAGAGCUGGGACCGUCGAGGGUGGUAUAAAACCGCGGAUAUCUCUCAAAUGCUGUUGGUUCUGGGUCCCGUUGCGAAUGAGGAAGAGGCUAUGAACCAUCCGUUGCCCCCCGAAGUACAGCAUCCGGACCCUAAGACGCUCCUUUACCCACACGGUCUGGCACCUCCGUUGCGCUGGGUUCGCAAGCGCCGGUUUCGCGAACGGUUGAGUGCGCGCACGAUCGAAAUGGUGGAAAAGGCAGUCGAGGAUCUGGUUGCACAGGACUCGAACUCAGUUUUCCCUCCGCGAUUUGAGCUGGUGGAUAGUGCGUCCUUGAAUCGUGAUGAAUCAUGUGUGAAGACUGAGGAAUUCGUCGAUGAUUAUGAUGCAGAGCAAGACGCGGAGGGUGAGGUAAUGGAAGAACUCAUGGAUGAGUUCGAAGACGACCUGGCUGCAGAGAUGGAGGCUGCUCUUGCAGCUGAUGAUCAACCCGCGGCGACGGAAGCUCGGGGCGCAGACCAGACGGCCACCUCGUCGGCCAAACCAUCCACCCCGGCCGGACCGGGUGAUUCCUCAGGCGAUGAUAGUGACAUGUCCGAUGAGGGUGGUGACGGCGAGGAUGACCUGGAUGAUGAGCAGCUCGAGCAACAGCGCCAGCAGCAGCAACACCGCGAAGAAAUCCUCGAACUGGAAACUCUCAUCCGUACCGAAACUGCACAAUGGGAGCGCGUUACGAAUAACAUUCUGCGGCAGAAGAUGAGCCGCCGAAUUCAAGAGCUGAAGAAAGAUCUGGAGCUGAAGAAGGUGUCUGCUGGUCUUCCUGGUGACACGGAUAUCUAG